AUGGCUUCACCAAGAUCCAACGCCCGUUUGGUCAGAUUUGCCAUUUUUGCGCUAGUGUUGAUAUUCUGUGGGUAUGUGCUCACCAAGGGCUCCACUUUCGAGGCCUCGAGUGCUCCCCAGUCCAAGUCGGCUCCUGCUGAGACCAUCCCCAAGGCUGCUGACCUUGUGAACCAGAAGGCUGGCAGUGCUGCCGCUGGUGGUGCUGGCGGUGCUGGCGGUGCUGCUGCUGGAGGUAACGUGGCUCCUGCUCAGCCUGCUGCUCCUGCUGCUCCAGCUCCAGGCGCUGGUGCCGCUAAGAACGAUGCUUCCGACCCUAGAAUCGCCAACAAGAUCAAGGCUACGUUCGUCACGUUGGCCAGAAACUCUGACCAGAACUCCAUUCUUCAGUCUAUCAGACACGUCGAGGACCGUUUCAACAAGAACUACCACUACGACUGGGUCUUCUUGAACGACCAGGAGUUCUCCGAGGAGUUCAAGACGGCUAUUUCUGCUGUGGUUUCUGGUCAGACCAAGUUUGGCCUUAUUCCAAAGGAACACUGGUCUUACCCUGAAUGGAUUGACCGUGAGAAGGCUGCUUUGGCCAGAGAGGCCAUGGUCCAGAAGAAGGUUAUUUACGGUGGCUCCGAGUCUUACAGACACAUGUGUAGAUUCGAGUCUGGUUUCUUCUACAGACACGAGUUGAUGCAAGAGUACGAGUACUACUGGCGUGUUGAGCCAGAUGUGAAGAUCUUCUGUGACAUUGACUAUGAUAUUUUCAAGUACAUGAAGGACAACGACAAGUGGUACGGCUGGACCAUUUCCUUGCCUGAGUACAAGGAAACCAUCCCAACAUUGUGGGAGACCACUAGAAAGUUUAUGGAGAAGUACCCACAGUACGUUGCCAAGGACAACAACAUGCCAUGGAUUUCUGACGAUAACGGAAAGACAUACAAUGGUUGUCAUUUCUGGUCCAACUUCGAGAUUGCUAAGCUCGACUUGUGGCGUGGAGAGGCCUACAGCAAGUACUUCGAGUUCCUCGACCAAGCCGGUGGUUUCUUCUACGAAAGAUGGGGUGACGCGCCUGUCCACUCCAUCGGUGCCUCUCUUUUCGUUCCUAGAGAGAAGUUGCACUUCUUCAGUGAUGUCGGUUACUGGCACGUUCCUUUCCACAACUGUCCUGUGGAUGAUGAGACCAGAUUCGCCAAGAAGUGUGUUUGCAACCCUAAGGAUGACUUCACUUGGAGAGGUUACUCGUGCACGCCCAAGUUCUUCACGCAACUUGGCUUGAAGAGACCUAAGGGAUGGGAAAACUUCACUGGUUAG